CUACGACGCUCCUCAUCGUUGUUGCUGCUCGACGCGGGUGCCUAGUCCCGCUGCACAUUCAUCCGACCGACAAAAGCACUGGCGAAUUCGAUCGGAACGGGUGUGCAUUGCCGGCGUUGGUGUAGCCUGCCUCAGCCGGAAGAGGACACGCGCACGCGCCUAUCUGCAUCCCCCAUCACCGCGUUCCCAGUGAUUACAGUGCAACUCAGCGCCGCGUCAUCUUAUACCCAACGUUCCACUUCCUUCUAUCACUAGCGCUGAGAACCAUACAAGCGAACAAUCGAAGCGCUGACUGUGGCGUGGGCUCAUCAUGACGAUCACAUCCAAAACGCCACGAAGACCUGAAAAGGUUACGAAUGGCGAGCUAAAGGUGCCAGAAGCAGAAGUUUCUUCCCAAGCACAACCUUCACCCCCUAAGCGCAGCGUCUCCUUUGGCCCUGCUUCUUCUGCGCCAGCAAACGGAUUCAACAUGUCUUCAGGCGCAGGUUUAGGUGCGACAACGAGCAAUGGGCUUGGAGGAAGCAGCACGACGGGCAUUGGUGCUGGUCCAUCUGCGCCUGCUACCCCUGCGCGAGGAUCGAGCAUAGCAGGCAGUAACGAGAGCAGCACAAGCACUCCCUCUUCUGCACUCAAGCCCGCCCUCAAAGCUAGCGCUCAAGGUCGCAAAUUGCCACCAGCAGAACAAUACUCGCAUCCCGACCCCUUGUUGAGAAGGCUCCGGCUAUUGGACGAGCAUGGCAAGCCGAUCGAUUUGAAGAGCUUCUUCAAGGGUGCAAAGGUCGUGGGUUUCUACUUUAGCAGCCAAUGGGCUGGUCAACCUCUGAAAGAGUAUCACAAGACGAUCAGCGAAUUUUGUCGGAAUCAUCCCAACGAUUUCAAGUGCAUUUACGUCAGCGUGGAUGUUGAUGAGCAGUGGUACAAGGCUGGCGUCAAAGGAAAACCAUGGGUUUCGAUGGCGUGGAACGACGGCUCCUCGCUGCCAAGCGAGCGAGCGGACACGACUGCUUCCGCGACUGCGCCGAGCUCUCCGAUCUUUCACAAUAAUGAGGACUACCUACUGGCAGGCGAGGUGGACAUCGACGAGUCACUCUCCAGAACGGAUACGGAUGGUACUGCCUACCUUCGACCAUUCUCUCGCGUCCACCUCGCUUCCAAGCUGAACAUCAUUGCAGCUCCGACGCUUUGUGUAUAUCACAUCGACAAGGCAAAAAUGCUGGAUUGGAAUGUCAGGAUGGCUAGGAUCAAACCCGGCUCAGACGCGGAAACUUGGGAACGAUGGGUGAAGGGCGAGCCGGCAAAGUCUUUCGGAUUCCAAGACGCUUUCUAUGCCGCCCCGGCCAGCUUUAUCAUGUGUGGCGUCGCAAUCGUCCUCUGGUUGGUCGUCUUCUUCUUUGGGCAAGACUACAAUGUCCUGAGGUAUGCUAUCAAUGCGCUUGAUGGAUCCAUAGCAAAGUCUCGAACGGGACUGCAGGACAUUUCGGCGUCCGCCUUUGACGCAGCUGCAGAAGCUAGAAAGGCAGGCGGCUUAUGAUGAUUUUUCUUUUUUUGCCUGGCUGUGUUUUCAUCCGACUCGCACUUAGACAUCACUCUUGGCCUUCUUUACGACUUUGACGACGUCAACGACGCUUUUUGCGGCGCUGAACACUUCAACUUCCCACGCAAUCGUCCCCUCACCAUGGGCUGUAAGCUGUCAAUGUGACGAGUACGCCUUGAUCUGAUCCACUCUGGACGAAUGAGCCGUGCUGCAAGAAUCGUGAUAUCACUCCCGCAGGCCAGAUCCGAGGAGCCCGCUGAAGUGCG